CCUUUUCAUAUGUCAAUCAGUAAUUUAGCAAUUGUUUUUCUUUUUUUUUUCUAAUUACAUACCCUCUAAAUUGCUAUAAAUACAUUUGUUUAUCGACUUGGAAUCGCAGUAUACUGUGCUUGGUAUGGUUAUUUUACAGAUAAACAAUGCGUAAAUAUCACCAGCUCUUAUUGGUCGUAAUUUCUUGUAUAAGCAUAAUUGUCUUGCUUACAUACAAAAACGAAAACACACGUUUGAAAGAUGUCCUGAAUGCCGUGAACUUCUUUAGUCGGAAAGAUGCGGCAGAGUUACGAUUAAUAAGUAAUUUCACCUGGACGGAUGAUGGCAUAAUUGAUUUUAAUCGCCCGAUUCCGGUCUGGCAGCUAAUUGGGGACUCCUUUCACGCCUAUGCUUCAUUCUGGCAUCGCAACGAACUUGUCUCUUCAGGUGGCGAAGUUUUAUCACUGGUAACUGCAUCGGUUGGCGCUGUAGUAAAUUUUCGAUGUAGCGCACAUUAUGGAGGACACUUUUCGCAAGGCAAGUUUCGUUUUCAGCACUUGGGUCAAGAAAAAGAUAAUGGCGAUGUUGUAUUCAAAACUUAUAUAUUUUACUGUCGCCUCAAAAAUGAUAUAGGGGCACCCAAAACCAUUGUUUAUGCAGACCAAAAUGAUAAGAUCAAUGCGAAUCAUAUGCUUCGUUUACGUCCUAUUAAAAAUGGUCAAGUAGGCAACGUGCCGCAAACACAACUAGCGAUUUGUCUGGAUUUAGUAACGUUUAAUAUAAGCAGUAACUUCGGGAAAAAUGAUGCGCAUUUGUUGGAAUUUUUUCUACACCACUACGUCCUAGGCAUCAAUCAGUUUAUCGUUUACAAUGGCGAUGAC